GAGGAGGAGGAGAGAGGAAGAGCAGGAAACAGACAGCUGCACAAUCAGUAAGCAGAGGCAGGGUCCAUCACAGGGCAAGCUGAGCCAGGGAGCCAAGCUGAGAAAUAUGGAUUCUCCAGGUCGAAGUCCCAGUCCUGGGCAAAAAGAACAAAGUGGACCUACAGAAGACGAGUCCUGUGCUGCAGCAGAGAAGCCCCAACAGGCCGGCUCAGUUGAGAGAAGCCCCAAAGAAAGGCCAUCUCCUCAGGCCAGUCCUGCAGGCCGUUCCCCCUCCGGGAGCCCUGCCUCCAGCAGCUCUGAUGACAGCAGCAGUAGUGAUGAUGAGGAUGAACAUAACGGGGCACUGAGGAAGUUAAGGAGCAGUGUGGCUCAGAUCAAAAGAUCAAGAUCCAAGUCCAUGUCCAGAGAGCGAGACAGAUCCAUAUCCAGAGAGCGAGACAGGUCCAGGUCCAGGUCCAGAGAGCGAGACAGGUCCGCAUCCCGAUCCAGGUCCAGAGAGAGAGACCGAGAUCGGGGCCGAUACGACAGAGGACGCUAUACUCGUGAUCGCUAUGACGAUCGCCGUGACGACAGGGACGGGCGUUUUGACCGGCGGACGAAUCGGGAUGCAGAGUUUGAUCACAGGAGGAGAGGACGCUCAGGCUCCCUUCCAACAGACAGGGAGCCAGCGGCGGCUGAAGAGCCGCCGGUCAAGAAGAAGAAAGAGGAGAUCGACCCAAUCCUGACGAGGACGGGUGGAGCUUACAUCCCCCCCGCCAAGCUGCGCAUGAUGCAACAGCAAAUCACCGACAAGACCAGCCUGGCCUAUCAGAGGAUGAGCUGGGAGGCCCUGAAGAAGUCCAUCAACGGUCUGAUCAACAAAGUCAACGUGUCUAACAUCGUCCACAUCAUCCAGGAGCUGCUGCAGGAGAACAUCAUCAGGGGAAGGGGUCUUCUGGCUCGCUCAGUGCUGCAGGCUCAGGCAGCAUCUCCGACCUUUACUCACGUUUACUCCGCUGUUGUCGCCAUCAUCAACUCCAAGUUCCCUCAGAUUGGAGAGCUGAUCCUCAAACGCCUCAUCCUGUCCUUCAGGAGGAGCUACCGCCGCAACCUCAAGCAACAGUGCCUGACAGCCUCAAAGUUUGUGGCACAUCUCAUCAACCAGAACGUGGCCCAUGAGGUUUUGUGUCUGGAGAUGCUCACUCUGCUGCUGGAGCGUCCAACUGACGACAGCGUGGAGGUCUCCAUCGCCUUCCUGAAGGAGUGUGGGCUCAAACUGACCGAGGUGUCCCCGCGAGGAAUCAACGCCAUAUUUGAGCGUCUCAGGAAUGUCCUCCACGAGUCGGCCAUUGAUAAGAGGGUCCAGUACAUGAUCGAGGUGAUGUUUGCCAUCAGGAAGGACGGUUUUAAAGAUCAUCCAGUGAUCCCAGAGGGCCUGGACCUGGUGGACGAGGAAGACCAGUUCACCCACAUGCUGCCGCUGGACGACGAGUACAAUGUCGAGGAAAUGCUCAAUGUGUUUAAGAUGGACCCAGACUUCCUGGAUAACGAGGAGAAGUACAAAACCAUCAAAAGAGAUAUCCUGGACGAGGGCAGCAGCGAUUCGGGGGAGGAGGGCGACGGCAGCGAAGAAGAUGAUGAAGAGGAAGAAGAGAACGUGCAGGAGGGAGAAGAUGAGAAGGUCACCAUCUUUGAUCAGACAGAAGUCAACCUGGUUGCUUUCAGAAGAACCAUCUACCUUGCUAUCCAGUCCAGUUUGGACUAUGAGGAGUGCGCUCACAAACUGAUCAAGAUGGACUUUCCUGACAGCCAGACGAAGGAGCUGUGUAACAUGAUCCUGGACUGCUGCGCUCAACAGAGAACAUACGAGAAGUUCUUUGGUUUGCUGGCCGGGAGGUUCUGUCUGCUGAAGAAGGAGUACAUGGAGAGUUUUGAGGGGAUUUUUGCGGAGCAGUACGAAACGAUUCACCGACUGGAGACCAACAAACUGAGGAACGUGGCUCGACUGUUCGCUCACCUGCUCUACACAGACUCUGUGCCCUGGAGUGUGUUGGAGUGCGUCAGGAUGAGUGAGGAGACCACGACGUCGUCCAGCAGAAUCUUUGUGAAGAUCCUCUUUCAGGAGCUCUGUGCCUACAUGGGCCUCCCCAGACUCAACCAGAGGCUCAAAGACAUGACUCUGCAGCCGUUCUUUGAAGGUCUUUUUCCUCGUGAUAAUCCCAGAAACACUCGCUUCGCCAUCAACUUCUUCACUUCUAUUGGACUGGGAGGACUGACGGACGAGUUAAGGGAACAUUUGAAGAACGCUCCCAAGAUGAUCAUGACUCAGAACCAGGAAGUGGAAUCCUCUGACUCCUCGUCCUCUUCAUCCUCUUCAUCCUCCUCUGACUCCUCCAGCGAAUCAGAUUCCUCCUCCUCAGACUCCUCCAGCGAAUCAGAUUCCUCCUCCUCAGGCUCCUCCAGCAGCUCAGACGGAAAACACAGGAAAAAGAAGAAGGGUAAAGAACAAAACGGGGAGAAAAAGAAGAAGAAAGGGAAAGACAAGAAUCGAGCCGUACGAAAGAAUCGAGCCGUACGCAAGAACGACGACGACGAGGAUGACAGUGAUGAAGAAAAACAGGCGAGGAAGGACAGGAAGGGCCGCACACGUGAAGUGGAUGGGCGUGAGCGCGCCCGUGAAGUGGAUGGGCGUGAGCGCGCCCGUGAAGUGGAUGGGCGUGAACGUGCACGUGAAGUGGAUGGGCGUGAGCGUGCCCGUGAAGUGGAUGGGCGUGAGCGUGCACGUGAAGUGGAUGGGCGUGAGCGCGCCCGUGAAGUGGAUGGGCGUGCACGUGACGUGGAUGGGCGUGAGCACGCACGUGAGUUGGAUGGGCGUGAGCGCACACGUGAGGUGAAUGGGCAUGAGCGUGCCCGUGAGGCAGAGCAGCGUGGGCGUGCACGUGAGGUGGAAGAGCGGGGGGGUGCACGUGAGGCAGAGGAGCGGGGCCGUGCACGUGAGGCGGAAGAGCGAGGGGGUGCACGUGAGGCCGAGGAGCGCGAGCGUGCGCGCCAGGGCGGCCGCCGUAGCAGACGAGACGAAAGAGCAGAAGGAGAAGAGGAGCAGCAGGCGGAGGAGAGGAGACGAAAAACGGAUGUUCAAGUCUUCUUCAAAGAGCAGACUGAGGAAAUCCACUUUAACAUGGACCACAAACACAACAGCAAGACCAACAGAACCAGCUGUCCACAGGUGAAGACCAGCAGGACCUCGGAGUACCACGGGCAUGUACAGGUGUGUUCCGCCUCAUCUGUUUCAGGAGGAAAAGCAUUUCUGAAGUCUGACCUGCUUGGGUUUCUCUCACCCAACACGAUGCUGUGGCACAAUUUCCAGCUGUUGAAGGCACUUCACAUCACGGAGGAGGAGUUCAAUAAACAGGUUAACUGA